UAUUGCUUACAGAAUGACAAGAAAAAAUACUUUCCGCCGCCGCCGUCCCCAGAAGCCGCCGGGACCCUCGCGCUGUCGCCGCCGCGGCCCAGAUCCCCGCACCUGCCGGGGGAGACCUUCAGGCAGGGCCGCACCUUCGAACAAAGGGUAGAUGUCCGACUUAUUCGAGAGCAGCAUCCAGCCAAAAUCCCGGUGAUAACAGAACGAUACAAGGGUGAGAAGCAGCUUCCUGUCCUGGAUAAAACGAAGUUCCUUGUACCUGAUGUUCAAGACGUCAACGAGAGUGAGCUCAUCAAGAUAAUUAGAAAGUGCUUACAGCUCAAUGCUAAUCAAACCUUCCUCCUGGUGGUGAGCGGACACAGCAUGGUGAGCGUCUUCAUGGUCUCAGAGGUGUACGAGAGUGAGGAUGAAGAUGGAUUCCUGUACAUGGUCUAUGUCUCCCAGGAGACGUUUGGGAUGAAAUUGUCAGUGUAAAACUAGAAAAAUGCAUCUAUUCUAGAAUUUUUUAAAACCUUUACC